GACGCUCGGAGACUCCCGACAAACUGUCAAAAAGCAGACAACUAACGGUGAAGGAAGAGCCAGGGUUAGACGUGGGGCUCAGGAAAGCUGAUCGGUGCUCCACAGUGACUGCAGCAGGAUACUCUCUACAAGCCAUGGCGGAGUUAGACCUGAGUCUGAGCGAUGCGCUGACGGACAGCGUUCCCCAGCCGGGCCCAGAAAGCCUGGUGGAGAGGGACUUUGUGGCUCAGCUGGAGGCGGAGACCUUCGACGAUCAGGUCGGGGAAACGGUGGGAAAGACGGACUACAUCCCCCUACUGGACAACGAUGACACCAGGGCAGACGCGGGUACUACUUUGGAGAAUGGAGAGAAGGAAGCUCAUGGGGUGCAAAAGCCUGGUUGUAAACUGACCUCGGCUGGACAGAUUUCAGCAUCGCGCCCAGAGCCACAGGGAGAGGUGCGGCCACGCUCACUCGACCAACAGCAGGCCUUGGCUACAGACCUCUUAUCAGCCUCCAUGGCAGGUUAUUCAGAUCCUCUGGGCUCUCAGACCAGCCCUGCCCAGAUGAUGGAUACUGGCCUGAUGGGAGCUUUUUCAGGUUUCUCCCAGCCUGGAGGGAGAGGGGUGACUGUGGAGGUGGGAGCUGCACCCCUCCAAGCAGACAGGCCUCCAAGUAUAGCGGAGCCCCAACAUCCCAUACCCGCAGCAGGGUCGGAUGCCCCUAAGGAGCACAGCCCCAUGCUUCCUGAACCCCAGGUUCCUCGCAGCCCUCUGGAUCUGUCAGGAGGUGCCUUAGGCGACUGCUGGCCAGACCAGGCUGGCUGCCUAUCAACAGACCUCCCUUUCACUCCCAGUGUCUCCACGGUGAUCAGUCGACAUGCCAGCAAUCUUGCAGCCAGCCCUGACGAAGCACCUGACAGUUGGCCUGGCCGUGAGAGCGCCGCCUAUGCUGGAGGCGAUGAAAGGGAUGGAGAAGGAUCAGACCGAAAACAGAAGAAGAAGAAGAAAAGACGACAGAAAGAUGAGGGAUCUUUCGAACACCUUGAGAGUAGGGGCCACGGUGAAAUGCAAGCACUGGGAGAAAACACUCCCCCAGCAGAGGAAUUCUAUCAUAGGAUCGGCCCAAGGAGGGAUAGAGGAGAGGGUGGCUGGGAGGAGCAGCUUGGGAAGAGUGGAGGCCGGGGGAAAAGGGGUAAGAACAGGAAGAAGCUUCCAGAGGAGUGGGGAGUGAUGGCGGAACCGUUUGUUCCUUCAUCUGCAGCAACCUCUCAAAUUACAGAGGAGGCGCUGAUGGAUCUCGGGAGUGCAGCUCAGGCAAACCUGGAUGCCUCCUUAGCAGACAUGGACACCAGCCCCUGGAAAAAAGAGGUCUACUCAGAUGAAGGCCUGGUCCCUGCCCCACUGUCCGAGGAUCUGUUCUCCCCAGCAGCUGCCACUAUUAGCCCACUGGUCCUGAACAGUGAGCUGAAGGCCACAGCAGCUCCAUUCACAAUGCCCUCCACCACCAACAACACAACACUUGGUUCUUUCCCUGUGGCGUCUCCCUCUGGUGAUCAAUUUGAUCUGUUGAUGGAAAGUGAAAAUGCCAGCUUGGGCCAGAGCAACCAGUCCUUCUCUCCACAUUUCUCUCCAGAGAAUGAAGCAGCAGGUGAUGGUGAUAUGGUCGACAGCGGGAUGUUUGACAACACUAGUUCCCUUCAAGAAUCUUGCAUCCAAGGCAUGCCAGAGGGAGACACCUCAGCAUUCAGCCCUCCCUCCCAUGCAAGUCCGGGCGUUUCCCCGAAAGGUGAGGUGUUAGCCUCAGCCCCGCCUCUGUCACCUUCUGAUGCGUCAUGGCUUCUGAACGACUCCCAUAUGAGCAGCAACAGCGACCUUUUUGACUUCAGUGACAUCAGCACUUCAGGCCAGCCUUUACCUUUAGGCCUGUCUUUCGACACCCCAAGUCCAGCGCCUCUCCGCUCCCCGAAAACUACAGCUCAAGAUUUCCAGCCCAAAGAGCACAAAGAGGCCAAAUCGACACAGAAACAGUCCAAGAAGUCCCGUUCGUCAUCUUCCUCAUCAUCUGUUAAAAGUCCCACCUCCCCAGAAGCUAAGAAGUUCUCUCCACAGGCAUCCCCUGUCACCACCCCUUCUUCCCCUCCAUCAGUCAACCCUCUGGGAGUUCCAGGAUCGGGUCUUAACCCUGCAGCUAAGCCCUUCUUUCCCAGCUUUGCUGAAGAACCAACAGAAGAACCAACUGUGGUCCCUCAAGUUGUCCCCGUCAUCGAAGGAAAAUCCGACAAGAUGGAGAAAACAGAGAAGAAGGAUGAGAAACAGGAGGACAGUGUGAAGAAGGUGGACUUGUUUGACCCUCUGGAUAAACCUGAGCAGAAGAGUGUGAAGGUUGAAUACAUAAGCAGUGAGAUUCCAGUCAAGCUGGAGAAAGAGGCAGAAAAGGAGAAAGAGAAGGAUAAGAUGCCAGACAAUGCAAAAGAGCAGAAAGAGGCAGAGAAAAUAAAGGAGCCAGAGAAACAGACAGAAAAGGUGGACGAACAGAAGAAGGAAGCAGAAAAGAUGAAAGAGAAGGAGACAGAGAAAGUGGAGUCAGUGCAGCAGAAGGAAGACAAAGAGGAUAAAAUGCACAAGGCAGAAGAAUCACUAGACAAAUUGGAUAAGACAAAUAAAAUGGACAAGACAGAUAAAGUAGAAAAAAUGGAGCUGACAGACAAAGUGGAGAAAGCAGAGAAUGUGGAAAAGAUGGACAAAACUGAAACAUCCAAAUUAGAAGACAAAGUGGAGAACAAAGCCACUGAGAAAAUCGACAAAACGGAGAUGAAGGAUGGCAAAGAGCAGCACAUCGACAAAGUUGAAAAGACCCCAGAGCCACAACCGACACCUAUCACGCUUGAUGCCGGUUUUGACAAGCUGGAGAAGAAGGAUGACACAGAGACAAAGGCGACAGCUGAGGUGCAGGACGCCAAGAAGGAACAGGCUGACACAGACAAAGCCAAGAAGAUGGAGAAAGAGGAAGAGGUGGGGAAAGCAUCUGAGAAGCCUGUGGAAAAACCAGCACAGAAGAGCGAAAAGGACGAGAAGCAGGAUAAAGUGCAGGCGGAAAAAAAGACUGUCGAGAAGAAAGAUGACAAGAAGGACAAGGCUGCAAAAGCCGAUGGAGGAGAGAAGGCCAAGAAACCUGCAAAGCCUGCAACCAAUGGAAGCAGCGCAGCACCGAGCAAAGACAUGGCAAGUGGAGACAAGAAAACCAAGCCUGCUGUCGGGGCAACCAAAUUGAGCACCGUUGCCAAAACGCGGCCAAGCACAGCGGCCGCCGGUGGUUCAGCCGCAGCAGCCACUAAACGCCCCGCGACCUCCUCCACCCUCACCUCAGACAAAAAACCAACCACAGCCAGGGCACCAUCCACAACUGCAGCUGGGCCCAAGCGGCCCUCCACCACGUCCACCAGCCGCCUCUCAUCCACCGCCACCACCGCUACACGUGACGUUAAACCCAAGACAACCACAGAGAAGCGUCCCCUGGUGCCAAAGGCCAGCACUGCCACCUCAAAUCAAACAGGCUCCACCGCUGCCACCAAAAAUGGAACUGCUACCACAGCAGUCAGUAGAACCGCUACGUCGGUGCGCACAACCACGUCUACUCGCACUGCUACCACUGCUGCCGCCAAAAAGCCUCUGGCCUCUAAGACAGACAGCAAACCAGGAGAGGAGAAGAAGCCCAGCACUCUGAGGACUUCUACAGCUGACUCCACCAAGCCCAAGACCACCACCACCACCACCCGCAGCACUCUUUCCACCACUGCUGCCUCUCGCACUCGACCCGCAGCAUCCAAACCGGCCACACCAUCCUCCACUGCCGGCACAGAGAAGAAGCCUCUGGUGCCCCGUGCCCCACGUGCCACUUCUUCCACCACAGCUACCAACACAACUACCACCUCGAGGACCACAGCUCGCCCCAGCACAGCGCCGGGCCCUGACAUCCGCAACGCCCGCUCCAAGAUCGGCUCCACAGACAACAUGAAGCACCAGCCGGGAGGAGGGAAGGUGUCAUCUGCCUCUCAGAACAGGGGCGUCGCCUCCAAAGAAACCAGCCAGGGCAAAGUGCAGAUACUGAGCAAGAAGGUGGAUUUGAGCAAGGUGACGUCAAAGUGCGGCUCCAAGGACAACAUCAAGCACAAGCCUGGUGGCGGCGUUGUGAAGAUCGAGUCCCACAAAGUGAACUUUAGGGAAAAGGCUCAGUCCAAAGUGGGCUCCAUGGACAAUGUGAGCCAUUCUCCUGGUGGAGGAAAUAUCAAGGCUGAGGGGGCCCAGGAGACAACAGAGGGGAGUG